CACCCCUCCAGGCCAGCCUCAUUCCCAUACUCGGUACCUUGCGUAUGUAUUCCGUACUCCAUAUUGACUGCUACACAAAGCCAUAUUAUCUCGAAAUGCUACGAGUACGUACUCUAGAAUUAAAGUAACUUUGUACGCGUAUCGGCUUUCCUUCCAUUUUCUUUUUCCAUUCGGCUCUCAAUUCUUCUCUCAACCAUCUGGAUACCUCCCCACUCAUUAAUUGGUGGCUGAAAGGCUGAGGAAUCCCCGCCUGGGGACACAACCUUCCCUGUGAAUACGCGACGACGCGCUCGCUACUUCCUCAAUGGAUAUGAAAGUCAAACUCGACUUUAUAAACACACAGCAUCUUUCUCGGCGCGUGGGACUUUCAAAACCCACUCGAAAAACUCCUGUCAAAUCCUCACCCAUACCACAAACUUCGAAAGAUAUGCCUCCAAAGUCGUCAAAAGCCCCGCCUCCCCCUGCGACAAAUAGGGAGACAUCUGACGAAGAUAUAUCUCGACCGCCCGAAGAGAGCAGCGAAGCCAACGAUACCGACGAUGAUGAAAUCGCAAGGAGAACAACAAUUGCCACUACCGUUCUUAAGAAAGGCACGAGGGGAAAAGAGACGCAAAAAACAGUGAAUGCUGGCAGAACUGGAGCGCAAAAGAUAACUAAUGGCGUACCGGAGAAGAAUUGCUUUGGUAUCGUAACUGGUAGACAACAAAGUGCACACUCGUCGCAGCAGAGCAGCCGGGCAGGCAGUCCAGCCAAAAGGAAGAACCAGGAGACAGAUUCAGGGAAAACAGACAUGUUCGGUGCUUUGGCUCGCAAAAAACCAAAAAAGAAACAAUCGAGUAAGAGCACAAGUAUGUAUGGUAAAACUGCGCGUAGCUCUGGAGUGACUUCAUCAGCCAAGUCAAAGGGUUAGUGUCUAGAUCUUGAUCGUUUCCAGUACCGUAGCUGACGCUGAAUAGCAAGCAUUGAUGAUUCUCCGAAGAUGAAAUUCAAGAGACCAGAUGAUAUCCCAGAUUCCGAUAGCCCAGAAUUUUCAGAUAAGGAGAAUGGCGCUAACGACUCGGACAAUCUACGCUCGAGUCUCAAAACUGGAAAGAAGUUCAAGAUACUAGACGAGAUUCCAUCCAGCCCUGUCAAAAAUGAUGAGAGCCCAAAAGUGUCAUUCAAAAAGCCUGAUGACUCUUUUCUCAAUGACGAACUGGGAGAAUCCUCUCCAGACCCUUCCCCCGUGAAAAGACCUUCAAACGUCAAAUUAAAUCGAAGAAAGGGUAAGUUAUCAAACGUUGAGCCACCAUGGACACAAAUGCCCGUUUUCAAUGCUAUGAACGAUAUCGGUGAUCUGGGUCUGGAUGAUUCCGCCCUUGAUGAACUGGCAGGACAUGCCAGGGUAUUUCUCAGCGAUGAUGAUUUCGAUUUACCUGUUUUCAAGAAAGCUGAAAGUGAUAAUGAAGAUUCGCCGUCUGCGAGCCAACCCCGAUGUCCCUUCUGCAGGCAUAUAGUCGAUGCCGCAGUUCUCAGGAAAUUCCAAGGCAUGACCACUCGAGAACAAGAGAAGUUUUGCCAGAUUCAUCAAAAGGAUGAUGCUAAAGCAGAGUGGGACAAACUGGGUUUUCCUAAAAUCAACUGGACGAAUCUCGACUCUCGGAUCAAUAAACAUCACGCAUUCGUCAGAAAAUUGAUCAAUGGCCAGGACAGUCAUUAUCGUGCAGAAUUGCAAGCAAAAGUUGAUGAAGGGAAAGACCGAAAUUUGCUGAAAGCGACUGCAAACCUGACGCCUGGGUAUUAUGGUGGUCGCGGUCUACGAAUUCUUUCGGAAAACAUCAUGAACAAACAUACGGAUUUGAUCAAGAAGCGAGCCCCCAAGGAUACACUGAUGUCGGCUCGGGGUGUGACUGGGUUCGUUCAAUCUGUUCUGGUACCCGAGGUUGCCGUUCUGCUCAUCAAGGAGGACAUGAAAAUAUCGAUUGAGGAAGCGCGUGACUUACUUGCAGAGAGUGCAAGGAUGGGAGAACUUGUACAUGAAGAAAUGAGGGAGGUUUUGAGAAGACGCGUUGUGGAUUCAGACGGGGAUGAUGAUUUCGAUGAUUAAUUGUGUUUGGGUUUGGCAUACAUAUGGUGUUUUUUGCUCUGGAUAGCAUGUUGCAUGAUGGAUCGGCAUUUGCAUGGUGAUAGGGCGUUUUUUUGAUAGCAUUGCUUUUUGGGGGUGGGUUGUGGUAUUGCACUGUAUAGAAUAGUAUUUGGACGGAUACAGUGGAUGGCGUACAGAAUUUUGCAUAUCUUGGCUUUGUUAUUUCUCUUGGUGGCUUGUUUGUUUGCUGGUCUGUUUU